AUGUCUCUGACCGACUCUCCUGUAUUGCUUGCUGGCUCUUCGCUUCUGUUGUUGGCAUUCGUCAAGAUUGCGACAACGUACAUCAAUCGACGCUCGCUAAAGAAUCUCCAAGGUCCAGCUUCUCCGUCUUUCUGGAUUGGGAAUGAAUUUGAUAUACGCUUUCAGAAGGAAGUUGGGGAUUGUGAGUUCAAAUGGAUGCACGACUACGGGACGGCAUGGCGGACAGCGGGCUGCAUGGGCGAAGAUUACUUGAUGCUUGCUGACCCCAAGGCCUGUCAAUAUAUUUUGCACACAUCGGGCUACCAUUAUCCGAAGAGGAAGGACAACAGAGCAAUUUCGAGAUUCGUCACUGGAGAUGGGAUCAUUUGGGUGGAGGGGGCGGACCACCAACGUCAUCGAAAAGUCAUGAACCCAGCAUUCGGCGGUGCCCAGCUGAAGAGUUUCGUCUCUCUGUUCCACCGAACGGCAACAAAGGUACUCGCACAGAAAUGGAGAGACGACGUGAUUGCGAACGACGAGUCGGGUGCUCCAGUCAUCAACGUCACCAAAUGGUUGUCACAUAUGACACUGGAUGUUAUCGGCGAAGCUGGGUUUGGGUAUCAGUUUAAUUCUCUCGAUGACUCGAAGAGUGCACUGUCGGCGGUCUACAAGAAUCUCUUCAUCGAUUCAACUCUCUACCCUUCCAAAGCCGAUCUGGUUUUCAAGUCUAUGUGGCGCUAUCUCCCGGACGACGUUGUCAAUUUGUUCCGCUACGUCCCUAUGAAGGAAUAUAGUCGUUUCCGCCACUAUCUCGAUUUCAUCCGUGGCGUUGGCCGGGACUUCAUCGCUAAUAACGAGGCGGGAGAUGGCAAAGACAUUCUCAGCAUCCUUCUCCGUGCCAACAAGUCAGAGAACGCGAAGACACGGCUCUCGGAUAUCGAAACUGUCGACCAAAUCUCCUCAUUAUUGCUCGCCGGUCACGACACGACCGCUUUCUCGGUGACAUGGCUCCUGUGGGAGCUCGCAAAGCACCCGGAGUACCAGGCGAAAGUGCGUGAAGAGCUUGCCGCCGUACGUGCGGAUGUGACUGCUCGAGGGGACACCGAGUUCAGCGUGGCGGACCUCGAUGGGUUGUCGAUGUUGAUUGCGGUUAUGAAGGAGGGACUGCGUUUACACCCUAUAGUGUGGGGUACUGGACGUUACGCAGAACGCGACGAUGUUAUUCCUCUGGCAUACCCCAUCACUACCAAGACAGGGGAACGCAUCUCUUCCAUCCCUAUCAGCAAAGGACAGAUCAUUCAGAUCUCUAUCGCCUCCUACAACCGGCUUCCGGAAGUAUGGGGAGAGGAUGUGGACAGUUUCAGGCCGGAACGCUUCCUUGAGAAGGAGAACGACUCGAUUUCACUCGGCGUGUAUGCGAACUUAUUAAACUUUUCUGGUGGUCUCCGUGGAUGCAUCGGUUGGAGGUUCUCUGUUCUCGAGAUGCAGACCAUGCUCGCCACCCUUCUGGAGAACUUCGAGUUCGCCCUUCCCGACAACGCCGACGAGAUGAAGAUCCUGCGAAAACCGACGGGUAUGAUGGUGCCCAUGGUGGACGGCCAACCGAGGCUUGGCGCUUGGAUGGGAUUGAAGGUUACGAACGUUGCGCAGUAG